AUGACCUCAACAGAGGAAUACAACACUAAAGUUAUCCUGGAUGGUAUCAUGGUGAAAAGGGAAAAUCACACACUGAAGGAAACGAUAAUCUCACCUGAACUAUCCAUGAACUCCAUUGCUACACACAGACGAGACAAGCUAUUAAGCAUCGUACGUGUCCAGUGUUUUCUGGGGGAUGGACAAAGCAAAGAAUUACUGGGCCACUGUGGCAUGCCAAGACAUGGGAUGGCAUCUUUGAGUGAUGGAGGCACACACAAUCAGGGCAUUGGACAGCAUAAGCCCUGGCUCAGAUUGUUGAUGGAAUGGGUUCCAGAGAAUUACUCGAGGCUGACAAUCAAACAUGGCAUUGUGAUUGACAUGAGCAGUUACCCAGAUGGUAAACUGUUCAAACCCAAGCUUGCCAAUGCUGUCCAUCUGCAUCAAGUACUUGAUGGAUGGAAAGGGGGUCGGAUCAAGUGGGUCAGGUUAUCAGCAGACCAAUUGGAGAGGAAGCGUGAAGAGCUUGCUGGACUUACAUUGAAUGCAGCAAGCAAUGCUGAAGGAACUACAGCAUUGGCCACCACCGAGUCCAACAGCAUCCAGUCCAAUGCCAUCCAGUCCAAUGCCACCCAAUCUGAUGCCACCCAGUGCGAUGCCACUCAGUUCUCAACCCCUGCAAAUGACCAGGUAGAGACUGCCAUGUAA